CACUGCUGUGACAAGGAUCAUUGUGAAACAGGCUUUAUCAGCAUUCUGUGCGUGAUGGACGAAAAAGACGAAGAUAUAGACACCUUUGACCCCAGUCUUCCCGAGGAGGGUCCGUCUGCUCCGCCCCCAGGCUGGCUGGACAGUGUCUCGGGAUACGAAGAGCACAGCGGCGGAGACUGUACAGAUCAAAUCUGUCCUCCUCCACCAGACUUUGCCCCUAAGCCUGAAAAUGACAAGAAUGCCUCUGUCCCAAAUGUCAUGGUUCCCACUGUCUCGGAGGAUGUAGCGAGAGACGCUCUACUUCAGUUUGUGGGUAAAAAAUGGACAUACAGCAGCAAACCUGCCAAAAAUCUGAUAUUCAAAGAGCUGAAGCCCUUUACAGUUUACCGUUACCGCUUGGAAACAUUUACCGAGUCCAGAUCAAGUGCUUGGGGAUCGGAGCCGCACACAGGUCAGUGUGUGGAUGGGCCUCCGAACGGAGUGAGUCCUCCACCGUGGCUCAUCCAGGUGUCUUACCCACCCAAAUUCACUGAAGCCGUUCAAAAAGUCAGGGUCCCACACUCUUCAUUCAUAAAGCCUUGCCACCGCUGUCAUGGUAACGGCAAAGUGAGGUGUACACACUGUCGUGGACGAGGACUGACUCGCUGUAUGUUCUGUCACGGCACUGGUCACAGUCGCAACCGACGCUGCACAACCUGCCACGGAAGGGGAAAGAAAAGGUGUGUGGCUUGUCAUGGAAAGGGUGACAAAGGCUGUCUCACGUGUAACGGCUACAGAAACCUUGUGCAUUUCAUACAGCUCACUGUUACAUGGAAGAACCAGGUAUUUGAGUUUAUACCUGACCGGGUGCCUGAAUUGCCGCUGAAGAAGUUUGAGAAGGUGUCUGGGGAAGCGUUCUUCGUAGAUGAAAGCCUCCUGGUUUAUCCGAUAGAGGGCUUCCCUGACCAGGACAUCUGUGACGCCUCAAAAACAUCCAUCCAGAACCACCUGCUAAAAUAUUCCGCUGUGAGCCGCAUCCUGCAGCAGCGUCAGUCGAUCGAGCUGGUUCCUCUCACUCAUGUAUAUUACGCCUACAGUGGGAAAGACUACGAUUACUUUGUUUUUGGGAGAGAAAACAAAGUUCACAUUACAAAAUACCCCACUUCCUGCUGCAUUUUGUAGAAACUCUCUUUGCUUUGUGUCUUGUCCAAAAUCAUUUUACAGUAGUUUUUCAUAACAUGUAAAUUACACAAUAUACAGUAGGCUAUAUAAACUAUUUAUAU